GCUGCAUGGGGAAGCAAUGGUGUGAUGAGCAUGAUGAAUUUGUGGACUUUGCACAUGUGGCGUGUUUCCCAUGUGAGCUGACUGCCUCAUCUUCCAUGCAUUGGAGGUUUGAAUAGGGCUCUUGACCGCUCUUGUGACAUGAUCAUGUUCUUUUCUGCUAGGAGCCUCACUACUGGCCGGGUUGUUGGUGGCUGUGGAAUCUACAACAAUUACAAUACAAUUUUCCAUUGCAUGCUGGGACAGUCAAGGUGCUUUGCGAGCGUGUCAUAUGUCAGAAUGCAUGACGAAUGUGCGCUUGUGCUUGGAGUAGCUGUUGGUCCCUCGCCAAGUUGUCCAUCAACAGGUCUGCACUGCAAGAUUAGCCACCAAGAUGUGUAUGCAUAUGGAAGCCCAAGCCUAAAAGGACAAUGUGCAAUGGUGUUUUUUCUAAAGGUGGCAGCUGUGUGUGAGACCGUGACAAAGCACAAAUAUAUUGUUGCAAUGCUUUGCAAGUUUUUCAUGCGCUUGGGGCGCUGACACCUGCCAGCUCAUACGUAGACACCUUGGCGCCAGAUGGAUUUCCAUGCCGGCCCAGGAAUUGCAGAGCAGGCAGCCAAUUGUGCUGAAUUUCCUUCUUCUUUCAGUGUCAGCACUUGUUAGUCGCAUGUGUUGAAGGCUUCAGGAGUCCUUAAGACUUCAAGUCUUAAGCACAAGUUGUGCUGGAUGUGCCUGAGUAUUUGCUUUGUUCUUUAAAUGCGUUCAAGACGGC